CCAACCGAGCGGUUGCCUUUGCCUUUGCCCACUGCUCUACGAACGGAAUUGAAUUGUGGGAAGGAAAUUGUAAAUUGGGCAAACGAGUGACGCGACCAGCACGGUAGCUGCCUACAAAGCACCGCAUUAGGCCGGACCAGACGAGACCAGACACAAAACGAUGCACCUGUAUGUGGCUUUGUGGGUGUGUGGCACGGCGCUGGCACUGCUGCUUGGCUGGCAGCAGCGCAAAUGCUGGCGCCUCAUCUGGCAGCUGAACGGUUGGCGGGGCGUGGUCCAGCAGCCGAUCCUGUGGUUCCUGCUCUGCAUCAAUCUGCAUCCAAACAGCAUACUGGAGCGGGUGACACAAAUGCGGAAGUACUUCCAGAGACCGCUGGCCAUCUUGAUUGGUACCCGGGUGCUGGUCUACAUUGAUGAUCCCGCCGGCAUGGAGAGCAUACUGAAUGCCCCAGAGUGCCUGGACAAGACCUUCAUGCAGGAGGGAUUCUUUGCCAAACGCGGGCUGCUGCAUGCGCGCGGCCAAAAGUGGAAGCUACGACGCAAGCAGCUCAAUCCGGCCUUUAGCCACAACAUUGUGGCCAGCUUCUUUGAUGUGUUCAAUGCCGUGGGCAAUCAGAUGGUCGAGCAGUUCGCCACCCAGCCGCAUCUCCAUGGACGGGCCGUGAAGUUCACCGAUGCCGAGGAUAUGCUCAGUCGCGCCGUUCUCGAGGUAUCCUGCUUGACUGUUAUGGGAACACCAACGAAUUUCACACAAACGGAUGACGCUCACAUCGCCUCCAGCUACAAGCGCCUGCUGGAGAUCUCAGCCAUUAGAGUGGUGAAGCCGUGGCUGCAAAUCGAUCUGCUGCACCGUUUGCUGGCGCCCGAGUUGUACGCGGAGGCGGAGAAGUGCAAUCAGCUGCUGGUGGAGUUUGUGGCCGGGAUUGUGGAGAGCAAGCAUCGAAACUGGCAGCUACGGGCAGCCAUCAGCGAGGAGGCUGGCGAGGAUUCAGGCGCCUGGCAGCGGCGCAUUUUCAUCGAGCAGAUCUUCCAGUUGGCCGCCAACGGAGAGCUCACGUUGCAGGAGAUCGAGGACGAGGCCCAGUCCAUGGUCCUCGUGUCCUUUGAGACGGUAUCGAACAGCAUCAUGCUGGCUCUGCUCUGCCUGGCCACCCACAAGGGCGACUGCCAGCAGCGGCUGCGUGCGGAGAUUGCCAGCGUCUUCCCGGACCAGGGCCAGGGCUCCCGUCCGGAUGCCACCCAUGUCGGGCUGGAGCAGCUGCAGCAGCUGCGCUACCUGGAUGCCUUUGUCAGCGAAGCCCUGCGCCUGCUGGCCACUGUUCCGAUGAACCUGCGGCAUGUCAGCCGCGACUUCCAGCUGCCGGGGCGCGAGGCUGUCGUGCCCCAGAACAGCAUUAUCGUGCUGGACACCUUCAAUAUGCAGCGCGACGAGGCCUGGUGGGGCGACAAUGCCAAGCAGUUCGAUCCGCAACGCUUUCUCGACCAGGACGAUCAGUCGCCGGAGGGCGAGGACAUCUCUCGAUCAUCGGUGCCCAAGAUCAAUGGCCAGCAGAGGCGACACUCCUACAGCUUUCUGCCAUUCUCCAAGGGACUGCGCUCCUGCAUUGGUCGACGGUAUGGGCUGUUCAUCAUGAAGGUCUUCCUUGUGAAACUGAUCGUGGCCUUUGACUUCAGCAGCGAAUUCCAGUUGGAGCAGCUGCAGUUCGUGGAGAACAUCUCCCUGAAGUUCAACAACGUCGAUGACAUCUCCCUGGCCAUCCAGCCGCACCAGCAGCCCGAGGAAGCAACCUAAAACACCACAGGAUUCUUCAUUAUAUAAUAUCUUAGAAGCAUGGUUUUUUUUCUAUAUUUAUCAAUUGUGUAUGCCUUUGGCUAAAUAAAAUUAAGCUCACUUUUAUACUCUCUGAA